AUGAGUGUCUUAUUUGGAAAUGUCAUUUGGGAAAAGGGGCUGCUAGUCUGUACCUACACAUCCAGAAGAUUAGGGUACUAUCGUGGAGAAGAACAAGAGCUUUCAGGAGCUAGAAAUCGUGAAGCUGAAGUUGAAGCUGUCAUGGCCUGCAUACCCCCUGCGUCAAUGGUUGCAGAGCCGCAGAUGGCGUUAUGCAUGGGCAUCCCUGGUCGAUGUGCUAAGGCCUCCACGGGAAACGCUCUGACCACUACCUUAUGGCGGCCCUGCACGAAUCCUGGCCUGGUGAGCCAAAGCGUAUCACGCCAACCUCCAGGCGGCAUCAACGCCACUACCGCUGAUGAAGAGCUGAGAAGGACUCUCGAUGUCUAG